AUGGUCAUCGACGAUGCUGUUGCUGAAGACCCAGAAGCUGCCAGAGCGGAACGGGAGUUAUGGCUUUACCUGCCCUUUACAGAUCAAGAAUUAACGGAUACCACGCUGUCUAGCGAGGAGGUCGUAAGGAUGGUAGAACGCGGCUAUCCCGCUCUUGCAACCAGUGCCAUGGCGGAUUUCUACCAGUCAGCUCGUGAGCACCUGUCUACAUCGCCGCCGCUCACCAUCUCAGUGCGCGAAAAGUAUCCGACGACAUGGCCAACUACAAACACAGCAAUGGAUGGCUACUGGGGCCAAGCUACCGAUGCGGAGAAAGCUCUUCACCCUCCUGACCACCAGGUUGACUCUACAGACGACUUUGCAUGGCUUGAUAUGUCAGGGAGGUUGUUAGUCAAACCCUGUGGGAGCCCCAACGACUCUCUCAUGGUGUUGUCCUCCUAUCCGACUGCUGACGUCAACUUAACUGUGCACUUGGCUUAUGGGACCAUCGACGAUAUGUCUAACCCUUCCAUGUGGCUUUUGUACUCAAAGAUGGGUUUCCAUGUCGCUGAUAUCAGGGAGCAUUCGAUGUUCCAUGUGGACGUCUUUCCCCAGCGAAUAGAUCGCAAGACUGUACCGGGUGGUGAAGCGACCCUCUUUCGAGCAGGAACACUUCCCACUCAACUUCGCAGACAUUGGCAGGAAUAUGCCUUCAAGAUAAUAUCUUGCUCUGAGGCAAAAGUCCUCCUUGUCGUUGGGGGAAUAGCGGCCAAGGCGUACAUGACCUACAUUCAGGAGAAUGAGAUCGAGCAUACAGUCUUGUGGACAUUUGGAAAGAAACGAUUCGAGCAGGAGAUCCCGUUAGCUUGGCUGCAGUUCGAGGCUGGGAAGAUAAGGCGCCUGGCCUUCGCGAUCCCACAUCCCGAAGCUUUCUCGAGGAAUCGCGCGUCUGUCCUAACGGACAUCCAAAGGAAGUUUGCUUUCCGGGAGCGGAUAUUUGACUACUGUCUAGUCCAGCUUUUCGGUAAAAUCCACUUGCCUUGCUUCCUCUCAACAACCGGGUACGCCUAUCAGUUGAGCACGGGCAGCAUCCUUGAGAUGUCGCCCUUCCGGAAUUUCGACGCAAAGAAGAACGACACCCUUAGCGAUCAUUUCAGGCGACCCACUCUGGACACGGCCUCCUUAGACAAAACCCUAGAGAGGACAUCACGAAUUGAUGAGAAGCAACCAAAGGCGAUCCUCAAAGUUAGGGCAGCUAAUAAUGUAAAACCAUCAGAUGCCCUAACGUACUAUCAGAGGGACGACGUUAAGCGGAAAUUCACUGGCUGCAUCGCCACCUACAUCCUAAUGACUUCCAAGGCUCUGGGCGGAAAGGCUUCGUCCAUCUCAAAGGCCGGGUAG